UUAUUUUUCGAAAAAGCAAACACCCCUAAAACCCCACAACCGCGGGAUAAGACGACGAGCUCGCCACUCAUGGCGACGACCCCUUCCCUCACCUUCCUCCACCUCCACCUCCUCCUCCCUUCCAAACCCUAUUAUCAUCCCCAUUCCCUCCCCUUCUCUCCUCGCCCCCUCCCCCUCCCCCACCGCCGCCGCCUCCUCUCCUCCCUCACCCACCGCUCCCUCGCCGCCGCCGCCGCCGCCGCCGCCUCCGGCGACUCCUCCACCUCGACGACGGCGGCGGCGGCGGCGGCGGCGGCGGAGGUGGAGAUGGUGCGGGGCGGGGACGGGGUGUGGUCGGCGCGGGCGCCGAGCGUGGUGGUGCUGUGGGACCUGGACAACAAGCCCCCGCGGGGCGACCCCUACGCCGCCGCCUCCGCGCUCCGCUCCGCCGCCUCCCUCCUCGGCCGCGUCCUCGCCGUCUCCGCCUACGCCAACCGCCACGCCUUCUCCCACCUCCCCUCCUGGGUCCUCGCCCAGCGCCGCGACCGGCGCCGCCUCGACCUCCUCGAGCGCCGCGCCCCCGACCCGCCCCCGGAACCCUACCUCUGCGCCGUCUGCGGCCGCCGCUGCCCCACCCGCCUCGACCUCAAGCGCCACUUCCGCCAGCUCCACGAGCGCGAGCGCCUCAAGAAGCUCGCCCGCCUCCGCUCCCUCAAGAGCAAGAAGAAGCGCGCCCGCUUCCGCGCCCGCUUCCUCUCCCCCGACUCCAAGUACGACGACGCCGCGCGCCAGCUCCUCACCCCGCGCUCCGGCUACGGCCUCGCCGCCGAGCUCCGCCGCGCCGGCGUCGCCGUCCGCACCGUCGAGGACAAGCCCCAGGCCGCCGACGCCGCGCUCAAGCGCCAGAUGCAGCACUCCAUGGCCCGCGGCGUCGACUGGCUGGUGCUCGUCUCCGACGACUCUGGCUUCGCCGAGAUGCUGCGGAAGGCGAAGGAGGCCGAAUUGCGGACGGUGGUGAUCGGGGACGGGCGCAGGGCUCUCGGACGGGCGGCGGAUAUUUGGCUGCCGUGGGCGCGGGUGGAGAGCGGGGAUAUCGGCGAGGAUGCUCUGCGGUCUGGGCGGCGGCGAACAAAUGGAGAAUUUGGGGAAUUGGAUCAAGGAUUGUAUUCCAAUCUAAGUUUCUACAAAGAUGGCGGCAACGAUGCGAUUGAAUUGGAUUCGGAUUUGGAUUUGGAUGGUGUGGUGGAUGGGAUUGUGGCGAGGGGUUCUGGGUUCGGCGGAAGUGGAAUCUCGGCAUUUUCUGAGGAGGAACUGGUGGAUGGUUUGGAUGAAGAUGAGUUUUACCGGACGUUUGGGCGGUCGGAGCCUGGAAAGGAUUUGCUGUGGCACAGUGAGGACGAGGACGAGGACGACGACGACGAUGACGGGACCUUCUUAUCUUUUCUUAAAGGGAGGCUCUUUUCUCUCGGCACCUUUACCCGAUUGCCUAGUUCUGUUUUGCGUGCUCAUCAAGAUAAUAUUCUUUCCAUCCUGCGAAAUUACAACGAGCUCAUUGUUGAUGCAAUCAGAUCGUCUGACUCGCUUCACGUGCUCAUUAAGCUACUCUGUAAGAAUUUUAUGCACACUGCAUUUCAUAUAUUUAGACUAUGUUGCUUCUAUAUAUCUGUUUUUUUUUUUUUCCUAAUGUGUCUGUAAACUUUGUGCAUAUUUAUUUGUAUUAUGAAGAAAACUUUCACUUGCUUUCA